UGCUCUCAAGCUACUGCCAGUUGCGCAUGCGCCGAGAGAUAGCGUGUGUACAUAUACUGUCCACAGUAUCUGGAGGGUGUUAUUCUGUUUUGUACUGCUUGUGUUGAGGCUGGCAGUGUGCGCCUCAGUAAUAAAGAUGUGAUACCAUGUGCCCGGUGUCGGGAUAUAACAACUGGCGACGAGGAUGGGAUCCGCCGCAGGCUUCUAGGAAUCCCACUCUAACCAGCUUGAACUGAGUAUGGCGACCACUGUCGGUAAGUUACCCGAGUUCCAACAAGAGGACGGUAACUUCGAGGUAUACCUGGAGCGGUUCGAAGUAUUUGCCGCGGCCAAUGACAUCGCGGAAGACAAGAAGCUUGCAAUCUUUCUCACGGCUAUAGGUGAGAAGGCCUACGUCACGCUUCGGAGCUUGCUGCUGCCUAAAACACCAGCUAAGACGUCAUUCACGGAAGUGUUUGACGUUCUGAAGAAGCAUUACGCUCCCAAGCGCUCCGUGGUCACCGAAAGGUAUCGUUUUCACCAGCGAAAGCAAGAGCCGCAUGAGACUGUCGCAGACUUUAGAGUCGAAUUGAAGAAACUCGCGGCAACAUGCGAAUUCGGUGCCUUUUUGACCGAAGCAUUGCGUGACUGGCUCGUCGCUGGAAUACGUACCGAGGGAGUACGGUGCAGGCUAUUGGCAAUGCCAGACGAGGAAGUAACGUGGGAACGUGCAUGCAGCAUAGCCAUGGCCAUGGAAGCGGCAACACAAGACACGAAAGAAAUGCUGCAAACCAGUUCUAAAGGAGCAGCUGUAGAAACGAAGGACAUCUACUGGCAACGGAAAAUCUCACAACCGAGUAAAGCACCUUCGAGGGAAGCGCCGACGCAGUCCAGCUGGGACAAGGAAAAUGGGGCAGCGAAAGAACAAACGAAAAGAAUGUGUCAUCGUUGCGGAGGACAGCAUUCACCCCUCAACCCGUACCCUUGUCCUCGUGGCAAAUAUGCCAGAAUCCGUGGGAGCGUGUGCAUUUAG